UGCAGGGUUGGGACUCGUCCUAAGUCCGAAGAUUAGUCUUAAGUUAGGAAGAGUUUCGUGAAAUCGACGGCUGGUUCCCUUUCUGUUGGAAUGUUGUCGGCUGAUGACUGAAUUCCUGAAGUAUUCCGUUAUUGUAUAGCUAGAGGUUACAUUGUUCUGAAGGCACUGUGUGCAUAUAUAUAUAGGCGCUGCGGCCUCCUUUCGACUCGGAGCUCAGGGUGGGAUGCUGACCGGGGCAAAUCACGGGAAUUGACGGCACUAUACUCUCACUUGUACAGCAGGACGACACCUGGACGUGGUCGAUGUGCUUCAUAUUGUGCUCUGCCUCUGGGCUCCAUUUCGUCAAGUUGUUAACCGAAUGUCUGUCCAACCGUCUCAAUCAUUAGGCGGCAACCUGCCAUUCACCUCGGAUGUAUCCCUGAGGGAACUUGCCGCUCAGAAGGAGAAAGAAUGGCGUGAGCUACAAGAGCUUUGCACCCAGUCCUUACAAGGAGCCGUCAAGGACAAGGAGAAACAGUUGGAGCGGGAGACGGCAAAGUUUAAGAAGCUGAAGGAAGAUUUCAAGUAUAAUCUUCGACUUCUUGCUGAGCGAGACCAGGAAUUGGAACGAUACGAUGUUGUGUUCUCGGAGCUGAAAACAGCAUUCCAGGCGAAGAAUGCCGAGGUGAGUGAACUGAAGAUUUGUUUGGACGACCUACACCAGACAGCGCAGAGGGAGUCUCAAGCAAGAGAUGAACUCCAGAGGCAUUACCAGCAAAGGAUCAGAGACAGGCAGACGGAUAUUGAACAAUAUAAGAUAGCGAAAGAUUUGGAGACGGAGAAUGAGCGGACGAACCUCGCCAACAUCAAACGCAACCUCCAGAGACAGGUACGUGAGGUGGAGGAGGAUCUUGAUAUCCAGCGUCAGGAGCUGUCGACAGGAUUUGAUGAAGUCUUACGAAGGAGGGAAAAUGAGUUUCGGAACCAGCUGGAUGAUCUGAGUGCUACUGCGCUUGCUCAUGAAAUGAAGGUGAAGUUACUGAGUAAGGAGUUAGAGCUAGUCCGUACUGUCAAUGAGAGGUCAUCAUGUCAGCUCGGUGAUGCUGACUCUAACGUACGAGAUCUGCAGAAACAGCUCAAGCAGAAAGAGUGGGAGUUACAUGACCAGGCUGGCAUGAAAGACGCAAGGAUUGCUGAGUUGGAAAGCCAGUUGGAGAUAUUGGAACAGUCUGUUAAAAGAGCAAUGGAGGAGUUCAAUAGAAAACACGCAGACCUUGAUAAGUACGCCCGGGAACGAGAAGCAGCCGUCCUGAAGAUCAAGGGCAGCCAUAGUGAGGUAGAGAGAGAGUACCAAGACAAGAUAAGAGAGUUGAGUAGUAAGCUUGAGAUGACGGAGGUAGAGAGGAGGAGGGAGGAGUGGUCCUACCAAGACGUCAUCAAGGAGAAGGAGGUCACCAUUGAAAAACUCCAGCAUGAGAUCGGGGAUAUAAGGCGGCACUCGGAUGCCCAGCUAGCCAAGGUCUCCCAAGACAUGGUCACUAAGGACCUUACCAUAACGACUCUCAGAGACACCCAGACCAAACUCAAAGGUGAACUGGUCCAGAGAAAAGAAGAUACAGAAAGAUACAAGAAGGAGUUGUCUCUAGCUAUAGAGAGAGAGGCUAAUCUAGAGAGAUCCAGGACCCAAGCUGAGCUGGAUUGGCAACGGCGCUGUGAGGACUUAGAAAGGGUGCAGUACAGCAAGUCAGAGGAACUUAUUGAGCGUCUGACCAACUCCAAAGAUGAGGCUCUGGCUACAGUGAAGGAGAAGGAUCGAGAGCUUUCACAAAGAGAAGAUUACAUCAGAGUACUGACUGCUGAUAGGGACCAUGCAUUCGCAACACUCAGGAACAACAAUCUACAAAUCAACAGGGAUAUAUUGCCGAGUAAAGAGCGCCAAGACGACCAGACAGGCUCUGCAUCACAGCAACUACAGGAAGAGAACAGGCUGCUGAGGGACGUCAUACAUGGCAUGAGGGAAGACAUGGAACAGCUCGGGGAGAACCAGCAAGGGGCCAAUCAGAAAUCAGCUACCAUGGCAGCCGGAGACGAUGGAACCAGUCAUCCACCAAUCACAGAAGGCUAUGUCAAGAUUCUAGAAAAGGAAAGCCGUGAUCUCAAACUGAAAAUCCGUGACCUUGAAGAGAAACUCGAAACUAAACGGCAAGAGAAUGUUGUUGAUGGGACACCUUUGAUCAGUGGAGCCGCAUUGGGCACCAAGGCUGAUCCGAUGGAUAACGCUUACAUAAGAAGUCAUGUACAAUCACUCAAUGAUACCAUUGGUGCCUUACGCUCUGAGAAAGUGACUCUCUCAGCUCAGUUGAAGAGACAGCAGGCAAGGGUAACGCACCUAGAGAGCAAUAUCGGUCAACUGCAAAAACAGCCCUAUGAGAAGCAAGUAGAGGUUGAGCAGCUACAGUAUGAGUUGACUACCUCAGUACGUAGGCAUGCCUCGGAGACCGCCGGCCUGAGGCAGAGAGUGGCGGAGCUAGAGCUCCAGCUGGCGGAGACAAGACGAGAAGCUGAUGAGUACUUCAAGGGAGGAUUGCAGACCAACCUGGAGGCUACCGCUCUCGGCAAUCAGGUAUCGGCUCUGAAGAUGGAUUUAGUUUCUAAUCAACCAGUCGUCGGAAACACACAGCCAGCCCUUGUGUAUCAACUUCAAGAAGAGAUUCAUUCCUUGAAGAUGAAGCUUGCAGCUAGAGGUGGGAGUGAAGCAGAGACAGUGCUGAAAUCAAAGCUAAAGGGAGCCGCUCACCACAUCAGCAGUCUAGCCAAGGAGCGACAGCAACUCAUCCAGCUUGGCAACAGGUUACGAUCGGAACUGGCUCGAUACACAGGCCCUGUUCAGGGACCGAGGGGAACCACUACAGCAAAGAAUGACGGGCGUACCACCGCUGGGGAGUUAGCAACUGAGAUCAGCGGUAAACUGAACAACUUGGAGAAGCUGCAGUAUGCACUCACUAAACAGGAGUUGCAGCAUGCACAGAAGGGUUUGGAGAGAGAUCAGAGAGAGACGGUGGUGAUUCAAGUCCAGCUGGAUUCAUCCUCAUCAUCACCGGAGUCGCCCCCAGAGACCGAUCAGGAACCCCAAGCCCAACCACAGUCUGCCCAACCUCCAAUUAGAGAAGCGUCCGCUCCAGGGCCGCACAUUCCCAGCCAAACCGAACCCGUUCAGUCCAGCUACGAAUCUCAAGACUCCCUGGAUACUAUGAGUAAGGACUCCUUACCCCUGAUGAUGUCAUCAUACGGUGGGGAGUCGCUACAGGACGUAUGGCAGAUACUGGAUGACGGGCGGAGUCCCACUUUCAUGAGAAGCCCCACCCCUCAGCCUCUCAUGUAUUAUGGAACAGACAAGUUUGAGUCAGUCCCCAGUAUCCCGGAGCGACCGAUGGGCCAUGCAGGAAGCUCUCUAGGGGUCGAGGGUAAGGUAACUCAUUUACAGACUAAACCAGGAAGAGGUAAACAGGAUCGACUAUCCUCCAAGGCUACUGGUCGGGUACAACCAAGAAGCGCCUCACAGAAACCACGACAGAAGAUCAGGAAUUAUAACGUACAAGAUGACAUUACCAGGUGACACAAUAGAGCUUAGAUCAGAGAUGCCAAGUCCAGAGGCCAGCUAUGCGUGAUAUUUUUCAAAGCUCACUGCG